AUGGGGCAAGGAGUGGUGAUACACGCGAGAGAAGGGACUUGCUUAGGAAUGAAACAUUAGUAUAUAUUCACCCAAAAAAUCAGUGCACAACUGAUGUGGGCCUAAACUUGCGUCACCUUCCCUAGAAAGGGCAGGCAACCGGCAUGAGUUCGAAUCCUCCUAGAGUCAAAAAUCAUAUAUUUUUAUUUGAUUAUCAAAACUUUCUUAUAGAUCGUCAGUGAAGGAUUAAGCAACUAGAAUCGUCAAAUCAUCGGUAAAAAUCUCAUCAAUGCAAUUCGUGGAGUAUUGCUGCUAAAAUUGCUAAAUGAUUUUUGAUAAAAGGAAUGCGAAUCCAUCGAGUAAAUUAUCUCCGACUGAUUGACGAACAAGCCAUCGUCGAGAAGAGGACAAUUCGCCAGGAGACGAGUUGCCACUUCCUGAGAGCAUACUAGAUGCGAUGAAGAGCCUCCUUGAUAAGUCUUCAUUAUCAUGAGUUAAUAAUUAGUAAAUAAUAUAGUUUUAACCUUAACUCAUGAUAAAUAGACUUAUAUUUGUGUUAAAGAAUGAUUUUUGGUUUUCAAUUGAUUAACGUGAAUUUUUGGGUAAUUAUGUGAUUUUAUACGAUUUUUACAGUCUUACUUUUGAGAUAAAUGAAGAAGAAGAAAUAAAAAUAAAAAUAUUGCAAAAAUGGGGGAGGACCCGCCAGCCAGCCGUGCCCGCAAGUGGGUCGGAAGCACAGUCGGGGAGUAAGCCGCGAGCAGGGGCUCGAGCGGCUUGGCUUGGGGACUGACAGGCACGCGUACGCCACUCCCCUUCCACGUCACCGGUGGCCAGCCGGCUGUGGGGCAAGGAGUGGUCGUACACGCGAGAGAAGGGACUUUGCUCACAAAUCUAACAUUACUAUAUAUUCGCCUGAAAACUCGGCGUACAACCGAUGUGGGACUAAACCCACACCUUCCUCAGAAGAGGCGGGGGCGACCGGCGCGGGUUCGAAUCCUCCCAGAGUCAAAAUUCAUAUAUUUUUAUCUGAUUAUCGCGACUUUCCUGCAGAUCGCCGGUGAAGGAUUAAGCAAUGAAAAUCGUUGGAUCAUCGGCGAAAAUCUCGUCAACGCGAUUCGCAGAGCAUUGCUACUAAAAUUGCUGAACGAUUUGCGAUAAAAGGAUCGUGAAUCCAUCGAGUAAAUCAUCUCCGAUUGAUCGACAAACAAGCCGUCGUCGGGAAGAGGACGAUCCGCCGGGAGACCAGUCGCCACCUCUUGAGAGCGUACCAGAUGUGAUGAAGAGCCUCCUCUUGCUGCGCGGACCUGAGGAUGAAGCUCCCUGACAUGCGCCCCACCUCCAUCCAGCUCCUCUCCGUCGGGUGACAGCCACCGGAGAGCCACAAAGUCGUCGUUUUUCCGCUCCGCCGGGUGACAGCCGCCGGAGACGAUUCGACGACCCACUUCAUUGAUCUCUAGACUUCGCGAGAAGAUCUAGAGAUUGCCCACGUCGUCUUUGUCCAAGCAGAGCCUUCGAGGCCGUGGACAUUGCACGACGAUCCUCCCGAACGCUUAGGAUUCCGGUGCAUCAAUUUAAUUUAUGCUUUAUUUAGUGAUACUUUGUGUGAUUUUAAUUUACCAAACUAUACUUCGUUAAAUUAUGAUUCUUCCGGCUUUUACAAAUCUUAAUUUGAUUAAUUAAGUCGUCUGUAAUCGCUUACGUAAGAAUCAUCGGGUGGAACUCUGUUUCUGCCUGAUUCGCGUUCGCCGGGCGCUGACGUCAUCCUAACGCCCGCACCCUUAUUUCCUUUUUUUUUUGAGAAUUUUAAAUAUAUUUCUUUUUUAUUUCCUAGUAUAAAAUUCGUAAGAAAAUCGUAUUCAUUGAGAAAAAUUCUGAAUAAUUACUAGAUAUUAUAUUACAUCCUUGUGAUUGACCUAGAAAAUUACUGCUAUUUUUGGAAUUUGUAUUGAAUUAUAAUUGAUAUAUUUAUUUUGAAAUACUUCUAAAUAUCCAAAAAUUCAUAUUUUCUAGUUUUAUAAAUUUUAUAUUUGCGUGAUUUAACAUACAACGACUGAGUCACGUCACUCCUCUUACUGCACAGACGUGAGGAUGAAGCUCCUUGACAUGCGCCCCACCUCCAUCCAGUUUCUCUCUGUCAGGUGAUAGUUGCUUGAUAAGUCUUCAUUAUCAUGAGUUAAUAAUUAGUAAAUAAUAUAGUUUUAGCCUUAACUCAUGAUAAAUAGACUUAUAUUUGUGUUAAAGAAUGAUUUUUUGUUUUCAAUUGAUUAACGUGAAUUUUUGGGUAAUUAUGUGAUUUUAUAUGAUUUUUACAGUCUUACUUUGAGAUAAAUGAAGAACAAGAAAUAAAAAUAAAAAUAUUGCAAAAAUGGGGGGACUUGUCGGCCAGCCGGGCGCGCAAGCAGGUCGGAAGUGCAGUCGGUGAGUAAGCCGCAAGUAGGGGCUCGAGUAGCUUGGCUUGGGGACUGACAGGGCACACGUAUGCCACUCCCCUUCCACGUCACUAGUGGCCAGCCGGCUGUGGGGCAAGGAGUGGUCGUACAUGUGAGAGAAGAGACUUUGCUUACAAAGCUAACAUUACUAUAUAUUCGUCCAAAAAAUUGGCAUACAACCAAUGUGGGACUAAACCCCCGUCACACCUUCCUCAAAAGAGGCACCUCUCCGUCAGGUGACAGCUGCCGGAGAGCCAUAAAGUCGCUGCUUUUUCGCUCCACCGAGUUACAGCUGCCAGAGACAAUUCGACAACCCACUUCAUUGAUCUCUAGACUUCGCGAGAAGAUCUAGAGAUUGCCCACAUUGUCUUUGUCCAAGGAGAGCCUUCGAGGCCGUGGACACUGCACGACGAUCCUCUCGAACGCUCAAGAUUCCGGUGCAUCACCGACGCAUCGCCGUCGCGAUGCCAGAACUCUAUUUUUCUGCUUUCAAUUUAAUUUACGCUUCAUUUAGUGAUACUCUGUGUGAUUUUAAUUUACCAAACUAUGCUUCGUUCAAUUAUGAUUCUUCCGGCUUUUACAAAUCUUAAUUUGAUUAAUUAAGUUGUAUGUAAUCGCUUACGUAAGAAUUGUCGGGUAGAACUCUAUUUUUGCCUGAUUCGCGUUCACCAGGCGCUGACAUCAUCCUGACAUCCGCACCCUUAUUUCCUUUUUUUUUGUGAAUUUUAAAUAUAUUUCCUUUUUAUUUCCUAGUAUUAAAUUCGUAAGAAAAUCAUAUUCAUUGAGAAAAUUUCUGAAUAAUUACCAGAUAUUAUAUUACAUCCCUAUGAUAAACUUGGAAAAUUAUUGUUAUUUUUGGAAUUUUGAUUGAAUUAUAAUUGAUAUAUUUAUUUAUAAAUACUUCUAAAUAUCUAAAAAUUCGUAUUUUCUAGUUUUAUAAAUUUUAUAUUUGCGUGAUUUAAUAUACAACGACUGAGUCACGUCAAAUUUUGGUGCCGUUGCCGGGGAUGUAUUGCAUAAUAUUUAGUGUUUUUCUAUUUUUCUCUUAAUAUACACAAAAAAAAACUUAACUCUUGUUUUAUUUUCUUUUUGUCAAUUUUUAUUAGAAAAAGGGAACGAAAAGAAGCACGACAAGGACUGGAGCAUCCUGAAGGUGGGUAACAGUUACUAAAUUUUUCCCUUUAAUUUAUUGAUUUUUAUGCAUGGUAGAAGAUCCUUGCAUCCAAGGCUAGAAAAUCCUUUCAUUAUUUCAUUCAAAAAUAAAAAUCCGAAAGAAAAAUUAAUUUUGAUGGAUCUUGAAGGAACUACAGGUCAAACUGAGAACAAUCCUAUGGCCAUGAAAAAUCAUUAUAUCCCUAAUUCAUUUCAAAGAGCAUCUAAUAUUAGAGUCUCAUUAGCACCCACUAUUAAAUUCAAAAUAAAUCCAGGAAUUUUUCAAAUGUUCCCUAAUUUUCAUGGAUUGCCUUUAGAGGAACCUCAUCAGCACUUAGAAAAAUUUCAUAUGGUCUAUGAUUUAGUUAAUCUUCCUCAAGUUACAUCAAAAAUUAUUAAGAUGAAAUUAUUCCCUCAUACACUUAGGGACAAAGCUAGUCAUUGGCUAUCCACAUUAGAUAGAGAAUUAACUAGCUAGAAAGAUAUAGAACAGGCCUUUCUUCGAAAAUUUUAUCCCUUAAGAAAAACUCAAAAUAUGAGAAAACAUAUAUGGAGUUUUUCUCAAAGACCAAGAGAAACUUUGCAUGAGACAUGGGAAAAAUUCAAGGAUUUACUUAGAAAGUGUCCUCAUCAUGCUAUACCCAAGUGGCAGCUCAAUAGAAUUUUUUAUGAUAGAUUAUUAGAACAACAUAGAAAUAUGGUUGAUUCUAUAUGUGGAGGAGCUUUUAUGGAGAAAAUGCCUGAUGAGAUUUACAAUCUUUAUGAGAAUUUAAGUGAAAAUUCUAGAGAUUAAGCCUCUUUUGAAUUAUAUGACAGGGAUAAGAAGAGAAGAAUUUAUGAAUUGCAUCAUGAUGAUGAUUCUAAACUUAGAAAUGAGGUUAAUCAGAUUAAUCAAAGAUUAGAAAAAAUUAAUUUACUUAUUGACAAUAUUAGAAAGCCUUUUAACCCUCAAUUUAAUUCGAAUAGUACAUGUCCUAUGUAUGGUGAAAAUGAUUAUUUUGAAUUUCAAUGUUAUAAUUUAGAUCAAUCAUUUCACCCUAUGCAAGAACAAGUGCAAGUAGUUCACGGUUUUAAUAGAAAUAGGGAACAUUUUUCAAAUUCUUAUAAUCCUAAUUGGAGGAAUAAUUUUUCAUGGAGAGACCCAAAUAAUAUUCAAAAUCCAGAAGCACUUAGACCCAAUUCAAACUCUGAAUUUCGUCCAAAACAAGAAAAUAGAUUUCAGAAAAAUCAGCCCUCUCAAACCCAACCUGAUGCUAUGGAAAUGAUGUAGUAAAUGAGCCAAAUGAAGCAACAAACUAUGAAUCAAAUGAUGCAGCACUAGAAACAAAUUAUAGAGGCCCUUGGGAAUAAGAGAGAAGAGGAACAACUACCUAGUCAGCCCAUAGAAAAUCCAGGGAACCGCCCAACAAUAGGAUUUCAGCAUGGGGAGUCUACUAGCAUGAAUCUAGGAAAAAACCCACGAAAUGAAAAUGUUAGGAUAGUGAAUGCAUUAAGGAGUGGUAAGAUCUUACCUGAUCCUUAUCCCCAAACAUUAGAAGAAAAAGAAAACGUGGACAACCCAAAACAAAAUCAAAUAGGAGUAGAAGAGGAUUUUAUAGAUUCUACCAAAGAAAUUUCGAAAGAGAGGACAACCAUUCCAUUUCCUAAAGCUCUAGAGCCUAGACAAAGAAAGAAAAAGGAACACAAUCAAGAAAUAAAGAAAAUUUUACAAGAUAUGCAAAUUAGUCUUCCUUUACUCACUGCCAUUGAACAUAUUCCUGAAUAUGCUAGAGUUUUGAAAGAAAUGUGUAUACCAAAAUGGACACCUAGAGUAGAAAAAUUAUCUAUGCAUGCUAGUGCAUUAUUAUUAAAUCAAUUACCAUUUAAAUUGAGAGAUACAGGUGCCCCUUUAACUUUGUGUGAUAUUGGUGGAUUCAUUUUUCAGAAUGCAUUACUUGACACCAGUGCUAGUAUUAAUUUAUUACCUGCAAGUAUUUGUGAUAAAUUUAAUAUUUCUGAUCUUAAACCUUCUACUGUUACCUUACAAUUUGCUGAUAGAUCCAUAAAACAUCCAAAAGGUAUUUUAGAAAAUGUGAUAGUGACAGUUAAAGGGUAUAAAUUUCUAGCUGAUUUUGUAGUGCUGGAAAUGGAUUUUAAUGGACAAUUUUAUGAUACACCAAUCAUCCUAAGGAGACCAUUUUUGCAUACAGCAAAGAUGAAUAUUGAUUUUCCCACAGGUAUUGUGAAAAUUUCAUGUGGAGAUCAAUCAAUAGAAAUUAAAAUUUUUGAGGUAUCAAAUGAUCUUAAGAAAUCCUAAGUAUAUGAUUGUCAUACCAUAGAUCUUCUAGAUGAUUUUGAUGAUCUAGAUGUUAUUGAUGACUAUGUGCUGGAAGAAUUAGAGGAAAAAGAGAAUAUAAAUUUAGAAGAAAAGAAAGAAGAAGAUCAUCUGAAUUUAGAGUUGAAACCUCUUCCCUCUAGUUUAAAAUAUAUGUUUUUGGAGGAAAGUAAUUCAUUUCCUAUUAUUAUUGCAGUUGAUUUGAGUAAUGAAUAGGAAGAAGAAUUAUUAGAUAUACUUCGAAAAAGUAAGAAGGCUAUGGGCCAGAAAAUGAGCGAUCUAAGGGGCAUUGAUAUGAGAGUAUGCAUGCAUAAUAUAUAUUUAGAGGAGGGGGCUAGAACUAGUAGGGAACCACAACGAAGAUUAAAUCCUAACAUGAUGGAAAUUGUAAAAAAAGAAAUUUUAAAGUGGCUGGCUGCUGAUAUUAUUUACCCUAUUUCAGAUAGCAAAUGGGUUAGUCCUACACAAGUAGUGCCAAAAAAAAUAGGGAUCACGAUUAUAAAAAACGAAAAUGGGGAUGAAAUACAAACAAGACUAACUAUUGGUUGGAGAGUUUGCAUUGAUUAUAGAAAAUUAAAUUCAAUUACUAGAAAAGAUCAUUUUCCCCUAUCAUUUACUAAUCAAAUUCUAGAAAAAUUAGCUGGAAAAAACUUUUUUUGUUUUCUGGAUGGAUACUCUGGUUAUAAUCAAAUUUAUAUAAACCCUUUAGAUCAAGGAAAAACAACUUUCACUUGUCCAUUUGGUACUUUUGCUUUUAAACGCAUGCCUUUUGGUCUGUGUAAUGCUCCAGCCACAUUUCAAAGAUGUAUGCUGUCUAUUUUUUCUGAUAUGAUUGGAAAAUACAUGGAAAUUUUUAUGGACGAUUUUUUUGUUUUCGGUGAAUCAUUUGAUGAAUGCUUAAAUCAUUUACAGCAUGUACUUGAGAAAUGCAUAGAGAAAAAAUUAGUUUUGAGUUGGGAGAAAUCACAUUUUAUGGUUAAAGAGGGAGUUGUGUUGGGUUAUAUUGUGAGUGAAAAGGGUUUAGAGGUGGAUAGAGCAAAAAUUGCUAUUAUAUCUAAAUGAAACCUCCGAAUUUAGUAAAACAGAUUAUAUCUUUCUUAGGUCAUGCAGGUUAUUACAGAAAAUUUAUUCAAGAUUUUUCAAAAAUUUUUAAACCUCUCACCAUGCUAUUAUCUAAAGAUGUGCCUUUUAAUUUUGAUGAAAAAUGUUUUGAGUCUUUUUCUGAAAUAAAAAGAUUACUUACUAAGGCACCCAUUUUACAAGCUCCUGAUUGGUCCCUUCCCUUUGAAAUAAUGUGUGAUGCAUCGAAUUAUGCAGUGGGGGCCGUUCUAGGACAAACAAAAGAGUCAAAACCCAUAGUAAUUUCAUAUGCUAGUAAAACUAUAUUCGAUGCUCAAUUAAAUUAUACCAUGACUGAAAAGGAGUUGUUAGUUGUAGUAUUUUCGUUAGAAAAGUUUAGAUCAUAUAUUUUGAGAGCUAAAAUUAUUAUUUAUACUGAUCAUGCAGCAUUAAAAUAUCUGUUAAAUAAGAAAGAUGCAAAGCCACAUUUAUUAAGAUGGAUUUUAUUGUUACAAAAAUUUGACUUAGAAAUAAAAGAUAAAAAAGGUUUCAAGAAUGUUUUUGCUGACCAUCUUUCUAGAUUAAGUGAUACAGGAAUAAAUGCAGCACCUUUACAAGAUGCAUUUCUAGAUGAACAAUUGAUGGCAGCUCAACAUCAACCAUCACCAUGGUAUGCACAUAUUGUUAAUUUUCUGGUUUCUGGAAAAACUCUAGAACAGUGGGAUAAGAACAUAAAAAAUCAUUUCUUUUCUAAGAUUAGAAAUUAUUUUUGGCAUGAUCCUGAUUUAUAUUACUUGGGCAAUGAUCAAAUUUUAAGGAGAUGUGUUCUUGAAGAAGAAUAUCAUAGCAUUAUUAACAUGUGCCAUUCAUCUAACUGUGGAGGACAUUUCUCUGGACGAAAAACAAUUGCAAAAAUUUUUCAGUGUGGUUUUUAUUGGCCUACAAUCAUUAGAGAUUCUAUAGAAUUUAGUAGAACAUGUAUUUCAUGCCAAUCUAUAGGUAACAUGAGUAAAAAAUAUGAAAUGCCCAUGAGUAACAUGUCAGUAGUCGAAAUUUUUGAUGUAUGGGGAAUAGAUUUCAUGGGUCCUUUCCCAUCAGCUGAAAAAUAUGAAUAUAUUUUGCUUGCUGUUGAUUAUGUGUCGAAGUGGGUGGAAGCUAUUCCUACUAGAACUAAUGAUCAUAAAAUCGUGAUGAAAUUUUUGUAGGAAAAUAUUUUUUCGAGAUUUGGAUGUCCUAGAGUGAUUAUUAGUGAUGGAGGAACACAUUUUACAAAUAAACAUUUCAGGGAACUGUUAAAAAAGAAUGGAGUACACCACAAAGUAGCCACUCCAUAUCAUCCCCAAACAAAUGGGCAAGCUGAAGUAGCAAAUAGAGAAAUUCAGAGAAUUUUGAGAAAAAUAGUUAGACCAGAUAGGAAAGAUUGGCCCACGAAAUUACAAGAUGCAUUAUGGGCUUAUAGAAUAGCUUAUAAAAAUCCCAUAGGUAUGUCCCCAUUUCGUCUCAUUUUUGGAAAGCCAUGUCAUCUUGCUGUGGAAAUAGAGCAUAAAGCAUUAUUGGCUAUAAAAAAUUUAUGUAUGGAUGAAAAAUCAGCUGGUGGGCAUAGAAUUUUUCAGUUACAUGAAUUAGAGGAGUUGAGGAAUGAAGCUUAUGAAAAUCAUAGAAUAUAUAAAGAAAAAACUAAAACUUUCCAUGAUAAAUACAUUAGCAAGAAAAAAUUUGAUGUUGGACAAAAAGUGUGGUUAUAUGAUUCUAGGCUGAAAUUAUUCCCAAGAAAGUUAAAAUCAAAAUGGAAAGGGCCUUAUGUGGUGGAAGAGACAUAUGAUCAUGGGACUGUAAUGAUUAAAGAACCUAAAAGUGAUCAUAACUUUAAGGUAAAUAGAUAGCGGCUUAAACAUUACAUAGAAAAUGAACGCCUUGUAGAAAAAGAAAUUUUAUUAUGAAAAGAAAUUUGAGAGUAAGACCAAGGAGUCCAGCUGGAGACAUUAAAUUUAGCACUGCAUGGGAGGCAACCCAUGGUUUUUAUUUCAUUCUGUUUGAUUUUUUUUUAAGCUCUGUUUUUCUUAGAAUUUCGCAGUACUUGUUUCUGUAUUUGUUUUUUUUCGAAAAAGUGCAGGAGGAGGAGUGUAAGAUGAAGUGGAAAAUUAAAAACGAGGUUGAGGUGAUGUCUUUCUGAGCUUAAACAUUUAUGAAAAUAUUUUUAAUGCUUAACUUUGCAAAUAUGCAUACUUCACUUGAAAAUUAUAUUUUCUGCAUAUUCUAUUUCGAGUUUUCUGUGUCAUUGAGGACAAUGUCAUUUUUAAUUUGGGGGGUGAAGUAUUCAUUAUUAAUUUAUGCUGUAGGACGAUAAAGACCAUGUGUUUGCAUUUUAUUCAACUUAAAACAGCAACUAAAAAAAUAAAAAUAAAAGAAAAUUCGGAAAAAUUGCAACAUCUAUUUUCUAGUUUUCUGCUAGAAACAACAGACUGUCAAAAAUAGUAGACAAAAAAUAGCCCAAAAUUUGAAAUCACAGAAGACCCUUUUCUCACAUUUCAAUCCCCUAGAUAUAUAUUACUGAAAUUCGAAAUUACAACAAUAAAGAAGACAGCUUUGAUUUAUUUUUGACAAAUUUAUUGCUGCUAAAAAUAGAACUAAAAACAAAAAAUGGAAUUGUCAGAACUAUCUAAUUUACAAAUUUCUUACAUCAUAUUACAUGCAUGAAAAAUUAAAUCAAUUAGAUUGAUUGAUACCAAGAGAUACUAGGAAGAUUAUUAUUGAGUCAAAAGAAUGAUCUAGUAGCAUAAAAUGUUGGAAUACUCUUUGGAUACAUGAUAGAUAACAUGAAUUUGAUUUUACAGAUUUUCACUUCAUGAUCUUGAUGGAUAGUAUUUACCUGAUGUGAAAAUUUGAUUGAUCAUUUGAGUUUAAUGGAGAUUUUUGCACCCUGAUUUAUAGGACUUGUGAGGAGAAAUCACUUAUUUCAAAAAAAAAAAAAAGAGAGAGCAAUGUGAAAAAUCUAGAAACGAAGAGUACACAUGGAGGGUGUGAGACAUCAUUCUCAUUGUCGAAAAUCUAAAAAAAUGCAUAGAAAAAUACUUGCUGAAAAAUAAGUGGAUAAAGUGAAAGCCCUGAAAAUGAAGAGUACACAUGGAGGGUGUGAGACAUCAUUCUUAUUGUCGAAAUUUGUCUACAAGAAAAGCUACUUAUCCACUAUUUAUAAAAAAAAAAGGAAGAAAUAUAGUGCAAACUUCAAAAAUCAAGUCAUAGAAAAAGGGAAAUGUAAGAUCAAUAUUAUUCUUGGAUGAGUAUUAAUAGUUGGAACAUCUUGUAAAUACAUCUAUGAGUGAAGAAGUGAUAAAGAUGUGAAUAGAAGAAGUGAAGUCUAGAUUGUUAUUCCAAGGAGUGUUUAAACAUUUAAGUGCUUGGCAUCAUUCUUAAAUACUUGAUAUAAGAAUCCAAAGUGUUUAACGGUGCAUCAUUUCUAAUUAUAUAUUUUUUUCUGUAUUGAAAUAUGAUGUUUGAGAUUUGUAAAAUUUUAUUUUCGUAAUUCCAUUGCUAAGGGACUAGCAAUGAUUUAAGUUGGGGGGUGUGAUAAGUCUUCAUUAUCAUGAGUUAAUAAUUAGUAAAUAAUAUAGUUUUAGCCUUAACUCAAGAGAAAUAGACUUAUAUUUGUGUUAAAGAAUGAUUUUUGGUUUUCAAUUAAUUAAUGUGAAAUUUUGGGUAAUUAUGUGAUUUUAUAUGAUUUUUAUAGUCUUACUUUUGAGAUAAAUGAAGAACAAGAAAUAAAAAUAAAAAUAUUACAAAAAUGAGGGGACCCGCCAGCCAGCCGGGCCCGCAAGUAGGUCGGAAGCGUAGUUAGGGAGUAAGCUGCGAGCAGGGGCUCGAGCGGCUUGGCUUGGGGACCAACAGGGCACGCGUACGCCACUCCCCUUCCAUGUCACUGGUGGCCAGCCGGCUGUGGGGCAAGGAGUGGUCGUACAUGUGAGAGAAGAGACUUUGCUUACAAAGCUAACAUUACUAUAUAUUCGCCCAAAAAAUCGGCAUACAACUAAUGUGGGACUAAACCCCCGUCACACCUUCCUCAAAAGAGGCAGGCAACUGGCGCGAGUUCGAAUCCUCCUAGAGUCAAAAUUCAUAUAUUUUUAUUUGAUUAUUACAACUUUCCUGCAGAUCGCCAGUGAAGGAUUAAGCAACGAGAAUCGCUGGAUCAUCAGCGAAAAUCUCGUCAAUGCGAUUCGCGGAGCAUUGCUACUAAAAUUGCUGAACGAUUCACGAUAAAAGGAUCACGAAUCUAUCGAGUAAAUCAUCUCUGAUUGAUCGACGAACAAGCCGUCAUCGAGAAGAGGACAAUCUGCUGGGAGACUAGUCGCCACCUCCUGAGAGCAUACCAGAUGCGAUGAAAAGCCUCCUCUUGCUGCGCGAACUUGAGGAUGAAGCUCCCUGACACGCAUCCCACCUCCAUCUAGCUCCUCUCCGUCGGGUGACAACUGUCGGAGAGCCGUAAAGUCACCGUUUUUCCGCUCCGCCGGGUGAUAGCCGUCGGAAACGAUUUGACGACCCACUUCAUUGAUCUCUAGACUUCGCGAGAAGAUCUAGAGAUUGCCCACAACGUCUUUGUCCAAGGAGAGCCUUCGAGGCCGUGGACACUACACGACGAUCCUCCCGAACGCUUAGGAUUCCGAUGCAUCGCCAACGCAUUGCCGUCGCGAUGCCAGAACUCUGUUUUCCUGCUUUCAAUUUAAUUUACACUUCAUUUAGUGAUACUCUAUGUGAUUUUAAUUUACCAAACUAUACUUCGUUCAAUUACGAUUCUUUCAGCUUUUAUAGAUUUUAAUUUGAUUAAUUAAGUUGUCUAUAAUCACUUAUGUAAGAAUCGCUAGGCAGAGCUCUGUUUCUGCCUGAUUCGCGUUCGCUGGGCGUUGACAUCAUCCUGACGUCCGCACCCUUAUUUCCUUUUUUUUCGUAAAUUUUAAAUAUAUUUCCUUUUUAUUUCCUAGUAUUAAAUUCGUAAGAAAAUCGUAUUCAUUGAAAAAAUUUCUGAAUAAUUACCAGAUAUUAUAUUACAUCCUUGUGAUAGACCUGGAAAAUUAUCGCUAUUUUUGGAAUUUUUAUUGAAUUAUAAUUGAUAUAUUUAUUUAGAAAUACUUCUAAAUAUCUGAAAAUUCAUAUUUUCUAGUUUUAUAAAUUUUAUAUUUGCAUGAUUUAAUAUACAACGACUAAGUCACGUCACUGGCAGAGAGCCACAAAGUCAUCGUUUUUCCGCUCCGCUGGGUGACAACCGCUGGAGAUGACUCGAUGACUCAUUUCAUUAAUCUCUAGACUUCCCGAGAAGAUUUAGAAAUUGCCCACGUCGUCUUUGUCCAAGAGGAGCCUUCAAGGCUGUGGACACUACAUGACAAUCCUUCCGAACGCUUAGGAUUUUAGUGCAUCGUCGACGCAUCGCCGUCGCAACGUUAGAACCCUAUUUUCCUACUUUCAACUUACUUUACACUUCAUUUAGUGAUAAUUUUUGUGAUUUUAAUUUACCAAAAUAUACUUUGUUCAAUUAUGAUUCUUCUGACUUUUAUAGACAUUAGUUUCAUUAGUUAAAUCAUCUGUAAUCACUUACGUAAAUAAUCGUCAAGCAGAACUCUAUUUCUGCCCAAUUUCCAUUCGCCAGGCACUGAUGUUAUCUUGACAUCCGCACCCUUAUUUCCCUUUUUUAUGAAUUUUAAAUAUAUUUCCUUAGUAUAAAUUCUUAGAAAAUCGUAUUCAUUGAGAAAAAUUCUAAAUAAUUACCAGAUAUUAUAUGACAUCCCCGUGAUCAAACUGGAAAAUUACUACUAUUUUUUGUAAGUUUAAUUAAAUUAUAAUUGAUAUAUUUGUUUAAAAAUACUUCUAAAUAUCCAAAAAUUCGUAUUUUCUAGUUUUAUAAAUUUUAAAUUUGCGUGAUUUACUAUACAAUGAUUGAGUCACAUCAAAUAUAUACUAAUAUUAUAUUUGUUAGCAAGUCCCUUCUCUUGUGUGUAUGACCACUCCUUGCCCCACAGUUGGUUGACCAUUGGUGACGUGAAAGGGGAGUGGCGGCACAUGUCCCUAUUAGUCUAAGCCACUCGAGCCCCUACUCAUAGGUACUCCUUGACUGAGCUUCCGACCCGCUUGCGGGCCCAGCUGGCUGGCAGAUCCCCCUUGUUUUGUCUUAUUUUUUUUUUAUUUCUUUUUUUUAUUUAUCUCAAAAGUAAGAUUGUAAAAAUCAUAUAAUUUCAUAUAAAAUCACAUAAUUACCUAAAAAUUUAUAUUAAUCAAUUGAAAACCAUUUUUCACACUUUAACACAAAUAUAAGUCUAUUUAUCAUGAGUUAAGGCUAAAAGUAUAUUAUUUACUAAUUAUUAACUCGAUAAUGAAGACUUAUCACACCUCCCAACUUAAAUCAUUGCUAGUCACUUAGCAAUGGAAUUACAAAAAUAAAAUUUUACAAAUCUCAAACAUCAUAUUUCAAUACAGAAAAAAAAAUACAAUUAGAAAUGAUGUACCUUUAGACAGUUUGAAUUUUUAUAUCAAGUAUUAAGAAUGAUGUCAAGCACUUAAAUAUUUAAACACUCCUUGGAAUAACAAUCUAGACUUCACUUCUUCUAUUCACAUCUUUAUCACUUGUUCACUCAUAGAUACAUUCACAAGAUGUUCCAAUUAUCAAUACUCUUCCAAGAAUAAUAUUUCCCUUUUUCUAUGACUUGACUUUUGAAGUUUGCACUAUAUUUCUUCCUUCUUUUUUUUUAUAUAUAUAGUGCAUAAGUAACUUUUUUUGUAGAUAAAUUUCAACAAUAAGAAUGAUGUCUCACACCCUCCAUGUGUACUGUUCAUUUUCAGGGAUUUCAUUUUAUCUACUUAUUUUACAGCAAGUGUUUUUCUAUACACGAUUUCCGACAAUGAGAAUGAUGUCUCACACCCUCCAUGUGUACUCUUCAUUUCUAGAUUUUUCACAUUACUCUUUUUUUUUUUGAAAUAAAUGAUUUCUUCUCACAAGUCCUAUAGAUCAUGGUGUAAAAAUCUCCAUUAAACUCAAAUGAUCAAUCAAAUUUUCACAUCAAGUAAAUACUAUCCAUCAAGAUCAUGAAGUGAAAAUCUGUAAAAUCAAAUCCAUAUUAUCUAUUAUGUAUCCAAGGAGUAUUCCAACAUUUCAUGCUACUAGAUCAUUCUUUUAACUCAAUAAUAAUCUUCCAAGUAUCUUUUUGUAUCAAUCAAUCUAAUUGAUUUCAUUUUUCAUGCAUGCAAUAUGAUGUAAGAAAUUUGUAAAUUAGAUAGUUCUGACAGUUUUGUUUUCUAUUUUCAAUUCUAUUUUUAGUAACAAUAAAUUUGUCAAAAAUAAAUCAAAACUAUCCUCUUUAUAGUUGUAAUUUUGAAUUUCAGUAAUAUAUAUCUAGGGGAUUGAAAUGUAAGAAAAGGGUCUGUAGAAUUUCAAAUUUCUGGCUGUUUUUUUGUCUACUAUUUUUGAUAGUCUGUUGUUCCUAACAUAAAACCAAAAAAUAGAUGUUGUAGUCUUUCUGAAUUUUAUUUUAUUUUUAUUUUUUCAGUUGUUGUUCUAAGUUGAAUAAAAUGCAAACACAUGUUCUUAAUCGUCCUACAGUAUAAAUUAAUAAUGAAUACUUCACCCCCCAACUUAAAAAUGACAUUGUCCUCAAUGACACAGAAAAAUCAAAACAUAAUAUGCAGAAAAUAUAAUUUUUACAUGAAGCAUGCAUAUGUGAAAAGUUAAGCAUUAAAAAUAUUUUCAUAGAUGAUAAAGCUCAGAAAGAUAUCACUUCAACCUCAUUUUUAAUUUUUCACUUUAUCUUACACUCCUCCUCUUGCACUUUUUGAAAAAAACAAAUACAAAAAUAAGUAUUGUGAAAUUCUAAGAAAAAUAGAGCUUAAAAAAAAUCAAACAAAAUAAAAUAAAAAUCAUGGGUUGCCUCCCAUACAACGCUGAAUUUAAUGUCUUCAGUUGGACAGCUCUUAGAUCAUAUAAGAUGAUCUAUGGCCAUCAAAAUAUAUUUGUAUCCCAAGGUAAGUUUCAUGAUAUUCCUUUUUAGAUUUAGCAUAAAUUCAUAUACUUCAUAUAUAUACCUUGACAUACUUUCAACAAAAAAAAGUGGAAAUUAAUAAAAUUUUCUCAAAAAUAAUAUUUCCAUUUUAAAAAGAAUCUUUCAUUAUUUCUAUGUUGUUUUGUAAGUAUCUCCUUCAUUAAUAAAUACUUUCUAUUAAUAAACUAUAAAAUGUGAUUAGGCCAUAUAAUUUUUAAAUUAACUCUUGCCCAAUCUAGAAUUUUUUCAUCUAAAUUGAUAUCUCUAAUUCUUCCACUCACCCAUUUCUUAAUGUGUUCUUUAUCUACAUAAUCUUCCCCUCUUCCAUUUUAUCUUCUAUACAUAUUUAUUCAAUUUACGAGGAGUGAAAUAUUUCAAGCUUAGAAAUAAUUCUAAUGGGCUGUGGGUUUCGAAGGAUGGAAGGAUUGUCUUCUUUAAUAUCAGAUCUAAUGAAUUCAGUAAAAUUCAAAUUUUCUCCUCUAAAAUUAUCUCUAUAUUCAUAUUCAUUAUUUUCGUUUCUCCCCAUUAGUUGAAUCAACUCUUUUUCUAGCUUUUUGUUUCUCAACUCAUCAAAUUCUUCAUCUUCCCAAGAGCUAUCUUUUAAUUUCAGUAUAUGAUAUAUAUCAUCAUCUUGACUAUCAACAUCCAUGGUGCAAAAUUAUGAUUAUAUUUAUUAAUUUCAUCUCCUACAUCUCCCAAAUCAAUUGAUUUUUCUUCACCUGAACUAUGUUUUUCUUCAUUUCUGUCCUUACUCCCUUCUACUAAAAUUUGGAUGAUUCUUCCAUGAUCAACUGCUAUUUCUUCAUCUAAGGGCUCUUUCUCCUCAUCAUCCUCACUAUAUUCAUUUAUCAAUUGUGAGCAAUAAAUGAUUUUAUUUAAAUUUUCUGCUACUAUAUUUUCGGUCUUAAUAUUCUCAUUUACUUCUAAUGGAUCAUUGAUUUCUUCUAAUAAUUAGAAAUAAUAAUCAAGUAAAAUAUUCUCACUCAAUAUAUUUAUUGUCCUAACAUUUUCAUUUCGUGGGUUUUUUUCUAAUUUUAUCUAGCUAGACUCUCCUUGUUGAAAUCCUACUGUUAGAUAGUUUUCUGAAUUUUUUAUAGGCUAACUAGGUGGCUGUCCCUCUUCUCUCCUAUUCUCAAAAGUCUCUAUAAUUUGUUUUUAGUACAACAUCAUGUGAUCAUAGUUUGUUGCAUCAUUUGGCUCAUAGCUUGUUGCAUUCUUUGGCUCAUAGUUUAUUACAUCAUUUGGCUCAUUUGUUGUAUCAUUUCUAUAGUAUCAAGUUGGGUUUGAGAGGGCUGAUUUUUCUGAAAUCUAUUUUCUUAUUUUGGACAAAAUGCAGAGUUUAAAUUAGAUCUAAGUGUUUCUGAAUUUUGAAUAUUAUUUGGGUUUCUCUACGAAAAAUUAUUCCCCCAAUUAGGAUUAUUAGAAUUAGAAAAAUAUUUCCUAUUUUUACUAAAAUCGUGGGGUACCUACACUUGUUCUUGCCUAAGAUGAUAUUGAAUUUAGAAAUGAUCAUUUUCACCAUAAAUAGGACAUGUACUAUUUGAAUUAAAUUGAGGGUUAAGAGGCUUUCUAAUACUGUCAAUAAGUAAAUCAAGUUUUUCUAAUCUUUGAUUAAUCUAAUUAACCUUAUUUCUAAAUUUAGAAUCAUCAUCAUGAUGUAAUUCAUAAAUUUCUCUCUUUUUAUCCUUGUCAUAUGAUUCAAAAGAGACUUGAUCUCUAGAAUUUUCACUUAAAUUCUGAUAAAGACUAUAAAUCUCAUCAAGAGUUUUCUCUAUAAAAGCUCUUCUACAUAUAGAAUCAACCAUAUUUCUAUGUUGUUCUAAUAAUUCAUCAUAAAAAAAUUUAUUGAGCUGCCACUUGGGUAUAGCAUGAUGAGGACACUUUCUAAGUAAAUCUUUGAAUGUUUCCCAUGUCUCAUGUAAAGUUUCUCCUAGUCUUUGAGAAAACUCCAUAUAUGUUUUCUCAUAUUUUGAGUUUUUCCUAAGGGAUAAAUUUUUUGAAGAAAGGCUUGUUCUAUAUCUUUCCAGCUAGUUAAUUCUCUAUCUAAUGUGGAUAGCCAAUGACUAGCUUUGUCCCUAAGUGUAUGAGGGAAUAAUUUCAUCUUAAUAAUUUUCGGUGUAACUUGAGAGAGAUUAACUAAAUCACAGACCACAUGAAAUUUUUCUAAGUGUUGAUGAGGUUCCUCUAAAAGCAAUCCAUGAAAAUUAGGGAGUAGUUGAAAAAUUCCUGGAUUUAUUUCGAAUUUAAUAGUGGGUGCUAAUGGGACUCUAAUAUUAGAUGCUCUUUGAAAUGAAUUAAGGAUAAAAUGAUUUUUCAUGGCCAUAGGAUUGUUCUCCGUUUGACCUGUACUUCCUUCAGGAUCCAUCAAAAUUAAAUUUUCUUUCGGAUUUUUAUUUUUGAAUGAAAUAAUGAAAGGAUUUUCUAGCCUUGGAUGCAAGGAUCUUCUACCAUGCAUAAAAAAUCAAUAAAAUUGAGGAAAAAAAUUAGUAAUUCUUACCCUCCUUCAAUAUGCUCCAUUCCUUGCUUGCUUCUUUUUGUUCUCUUUUUCUAAAAAACUAAUUUGGUAAAAAAUAAAAAUAAAAUAAGAGUUAGUUUUAUUUUAUUUUGUGUACUCUAAAAGAAAAAUAGAAAAAUACUAAAUGUUAUGCAAUACAUCCCCGGCAAUGGCACCAAAAUUUGACGUGACUCAGUCAUUGUAUAGUAAUUCAUGUAAAUUUAAAAUUUAUAAAACUAAAAAAUAUGAUUUUUUAAAUAUUUAGAAGUAUUUCUAAACAAAUAUAUCAAUUAUAAUUCAAUAAAACUUUUCAAAAAUAAUAGUAAUUUUCCAAGUCAAUCACAAGGAUGUAGCAUAAUAUUUGGUAAUUAUUCAGAAUUUUUCUUACUAAAUACGAUUUUCUAUGAAUUUUAUACUAAGAAAUAAAAAGAAAAUAUAUUUAAAAUUCAUGAAAAAGGAAAAUAAGGGUGCAGAUGUCAGGAUGACAUCAGUGCUCAGCGAAUGCGAAUCAAGCAAAAACAGAGUUCUACCUGACGAUUCUUACAUAAGUGAUUACAGAUAAUUUAAUUAAUCAAAUUAAGAUCUAUAAAAGUCAGAAGAAUUGUAAUUGAAUAAAGUAUAUUUUGGUAAAUUAAAAUCACAAAAAUUAUCACUAAAUGAAGUGUAAAGUAAGUUGAAAGUAGGAAAAUAGAGUUCUAGCAUCAUGACGGCGAUGCCUCGGCGAUGCACUGGAAUCCUAAGCGUUCGGGAGGAUCGUCAUGUAGUAUUCACGGCCUUUAAGGCUCUCUUUGGACAAAGAUGACGUGAGCAAUCUCUAGAUCUCCUUGUGAAGUCUAGAGAUCAAUGAAAUGGGUCGUCAAAUCGUCUUCGGCGGUUGUCACCUGGCGAAGUAGAAAAAUGGUGACUUUGUGGCUAUCCGGCGGCUGCCACUUGACGAAGAGGAGUUGGAUGGAGGUGGGGCGCGUGUCAGGGAGCUUCAUCCUUAGGUCCACGCAGCAAGAGGAGACUUUUCAUCGCAUCUAGUACGCUCUCAGGAGGUGGUGACUUGUCUCCCGAUAAAUUAUCCUCUUCCUGACGAUGGCUUAUUUGUUGAUCAAUCGAAGAUAAUUUACUCGAUGGAUCUGCGAUCCUUUUAUCAUGAAUCAUUCAACAAUUUUAGUAACAAUGCUCUACGAAUCGCAUUGACAAGAUUUUUGAUGAUGAUCCAAUGAUUCUCGUUGCUUAAUCCUUCAUCAGCAAUCUGUAAGAAAGUUGCAAUAAUCAAAUAAUAAUAUAUGAUUUUUGACUUUAGGAGGAUUCAAACCCAUGCUGGUUGCCUGCCCUUUCUAGGGAAGGUGAUGCAGGUUUAGUCCUACAUCAGUUGUGCACUGAUUUUUUAGGCGAAUAUAUAUUAAUGUUUCAUUCCUAGGCAAGUCCCUUCUCUCAAAUGUAAGACCACUCGUUGCCCCACAGCCAACUAGCCACUAGUGAUGUGGAAGGGGAGUGGCACACAUGUGCCCCUAUUAGUCCAAGCUGCUCGAGCCUCUACUCACGGCUACUCCCUAAUUGAGCUUCCGAUUUUCUUGCAGGCCUGGCUGGUCGGCAGGUCCCCCUCAUUUUAUCUUAUUUUUAUUUUUUAUUUCUUUUUCUUCAUUUAUCUCAAAAGUAAGACUGUAAAAAUCAUAUAAAUUUGUGUAAGAUCACAUAAUUACCCAAAAAUUCACAUUAAUCAACUGAAAAUCACUUUCCAUACUUUAACACAAAUAUGAGUCUAUUUAUCAUGAGUUAAGGCUAAAACUAUAUUAUUUACUAAUUAUUAACUCAUGAUAAUGAAGACUUAUCAGGCCCUCAAGCUUAUAAGCCACAAAAAAGGCUACAAAAGUGGCUUAUUGGGCCUCUAAAAGAGAGACCCAAUAAGCUCCCCUAAAAAGAGAAAGAGAAGGGCCCUCAUAUGGUGCUUAAGUGGGCCUCAAUUGAAGACCCAAAUAAGCCCCAAAAGAAGCCCAAAAAUAGAAAGAAGCCUAGGUCCCCCCCCUUAGGGUUUUAAUUGGGCCUCAAAAGAGAGACCCAAUAAAACCCUAAAGAAAGGGAGACACAAACAACAACACAUACAUAGAAUUGGGCCCGCUAACACACAAACGUGAGGUCCAACAAGGCACGUGAAAAUACAAAGAAAGAUAAGGGUGAGCUCGAGCUCGUCCUUCAUGAGUUAAUAAUUAGUAAAUAAUAUAGUUUUAGCUUUAACUCAUGAUAAAUAGAUUUAUAUUUAUGUUAAAAUGUCAAAAGUGAUUUUCAAUUGAUUAACAUGAAAUUUAGGUAAUUAUAUGUUUUUAUACAAAUUUAUAUGAUUUUUACAGUCUUACUUUUGAGAUAAAUGAAGAAAAAAAAAAAGAAAUAAAAAUAUAAAAAAAUGGAGGGGACCCGCCAGCCAGUCCCCUUCCACAUCACCAGUGGCUAGCCAACUAUGGGGCAAGGAGUGGUCGUACAUGCACGAGAAAGGGACUUGCUUUCAAAUGAAACAUUAUUAUAUAUUCGUCCAAAACUUCAGCACACAAGUGAUGUGGGACUAAACCCACAUCACAACUUCCCUAGAAAUAGGUGGGCAAUUGGCACGGGUUUGAAUCCUUCUAGAGCCAAAACUCAUAUUUUUUAUCUAAUUAUCACGACUUUCCUAUAAAUCGCUAGUGAAGGAUUAAGCAAUCAAAAUCAUUAGAUCAUUGGCAAAAAUCUCAUCAACGUGAUUCACGGAGCAUUGUUACUAAAAUUACUGAAUAAUUCGUGAUAAAAGGAUUGUGAAUCCAUCGAGUAAAGCAUUUUCGAUUAAUCGACAAAUAAGUCAUUGUCGGGAAGAGGAUAAUCUGCUGGGAGAUGAGUCGCCACCUCUUGAGAGUGUAUCAGAUGUGAUGAAGAGCCUCCUCUUGCUAUGCAAACCUGAGGAUGAAGCUUCCUAACAUGCGCCUUACCUCCAUCUAGCUCUUCUCCGUCGGGUGACAGCCGCCGGAGAGCCACAAAGUUGCCAUUUUUCUACUCCGCCAAGUGACAGCCGUCGGAAAUGAUUCAACGACCCAUUUAUAACGACUAAGUCACGUCAACUUGCCAACAAAGACCUCACAAAUUCUCUCUUUAUUUUUUGUGCAAGUACCCAAUACGAUACUUGAGGUCAUAAAGAAGAUAAGGAUACAAUAAAACUUAGCUUAGAAUUGUAGAAGAAAAUAGGAAAAAUGAAGCACUGUGAUAUCCCCAAAUAGCUAUUAAGGCUUGUUGUUGAAUGGAACAGGUUUCUUGCUUGAGACUAUUUUAUAAUCAUUUCACAUUUGGAAUUACAAGAAAUUGAUGUUGCACAAAAAAGCUAAUGACAACAUACUGACAAGACUCAUUGUAUCAAAAUAUUCACAUACUUUAAUGGCAUUUAAUUUAACUCAAUGUGAUAUUAAAAUUUUAAGUUUCAUGCUUUCUUUAGCUCACAUUCUAGAAAAUGGACUUCUAAAAGAAAUGAUGUAGGAUUUGUUCUUCAAUUUGUGUUCUAGUAAAGGGUUCCAAGACCUAGUGGGAAACAAAUAAACAAGAGUAUCAAGCUGGCUUAGCUAGCUGGGCCUAUCGUUAUUGUACUGCUCUAAAUCAACCCUUUUUGGGUAUGCCUGAGAUAUAAUGAAGUACAAUUCCAUACAGUAGACUGUCUUUAAUCCGGUGAUUCUCAACAUUUUACAGAUGGUGAGGCUAAGUUUGUCCCGUUAUUAUCUUUCAAAAGGCCAGGUCACGUGAAGGGAACUGAAAAUAUGGGCUGGAUUCUGCCAGCCCCGGGCCCAAACCAGACGUUGGUAGCCGCUACAGUUGUGCGAAAUAAAAUUUCAAGAUGCAGAUAAAAUUUUGGUGACGUGCUCACAUUAGCGAAUAGGAAUCAUAAUCGGGAGAAAAGGGCUUGAGUAGGUUUCAUGAGUGGUGGAGGCACACUACAGGAAAAAGACCGCGGCAGGUGGCACGCGCGUGGUGGGUAUCAGUUGUCUACAAAUCCAAGGCGGGACUGA